AGAUUAUUUAGUUGUCAAACCACCAACGCAAGUAGGCAAAUCAAAUUCAAUGAAAUAUAUUCAAACAAAUUGGAUUGCAAAAUAGAGCUUGAUAAAUUGUAUUUGCGCAGAAAUAAUCUUAUUUUUUGCACUAAAUAUAUAAAAUAGGCAUAUAUUUUUUACAGAAAUUAUAAAACACACGUUCGAGCUAUUUUAUCAUUAGCCUGGAUUGGGUUACGUUACGCCCUGAAGAGUCAUCGGUGUAGGGGUAGACCACUUUAGUGUUUGUAAAUACUAAAAUGACUAUCCACAAUAUAUACAUAUUUGAUCGUUAUGGCACGCUCCUUUACUAUGGAGAAUGGAAUAGAACCAAACAAUCUGGAAUGUCUAUGGAGGAGGAAGGGAAGCUGAUGUAUGGCAUGCUCUUUUCAAUUAAAUCCUUUGUUGGAAAAAUAUCACCGCUGGAUCCUAAAGAAGGGUUCUUGAAUUACAAAACUUCAAAAUACACUUUGCAUUGCCUCGAAACUCCGUCUGGAUUAAAAUUUGUAAUGAACACAGAUAACCAAGCCCAGGGUGUUAGAGAAUUGUUGAAGAAAAUUUAUGCCGAAAUCUAUGUGAAAUAUGCAGUGAGAAAUCCUUUAUGUGGCAUCGGAGAACCCAUAACUAGUAAAUUGUUUAAAAAUAAGUUAGAUGCAUUUAUAAAGCAAACUCCGGUACAUGCCGUUAGAGCUUCUUGAUAAGUGAAAUAACUUGUUCAUUGAAGUCAAAAGAAAAGGACUAAUGUUUUCUAUUCUGACCAACAAUCAAGGGAUUAUAAAAAAAUUUUCCCUGUACCGCAGCAUGGCAUGCAAGAUGCCAUUUUUAUCACACAUAAAACUAUCACUGGUUUGCUUUUUAUCAUGAUGUGAAACUAUAUGAUUAUUAAGCCAUAAAAACAGAGUCAUGCAUGCCAUGUUAAGGAGGUUUCAUUAAAAGUUUGAUAAUCUUCAAACUAUUUAAUUUCUACUUUAUAAGAAGUAAUACACAACAACAAAUAAAUAUGUAAUGUGUGAAUCACAGAGAUCGAGCUAGCCCAAAGUUCAAUAUAACCUAAGGAUUAUAACAAUAUACUUUAUUGUUAAGAAAAAUAAAGUUUACCCAAUGUAUAUGUCUAAAGUAAGAAAUUAAAUCAAAAUCAAUAUAUUAUUUAGAUAAUAGGCCUUCGCAGGCACUUUCAUAUACAUUCAUAACUCUCUUCAGGCAAGCUCAUCCGUUUUUGGUACUCUAUACCUGAUCUUUAUGUUUCAAUUAAUUAAAUUUAAGUUAAAUCUAAUAUAUAUGAAGUAUUUAUCAAAAUGCAUGAGACUAGCAUCCGCUUCAAGGAACAGAACGGAACGCUCUUCAAGUAGUAAUAAUUAUGUAUAGUAUGUGGAAAGUUAAGACGACUACAUUAGCUAAUUGAGACCUUUUAAUAGUCUUUUUCUUAAUGAAUAAAUUAUACUUGGGUGACUGUUUGACAUAAUAUACAUACAUACAUACAUACAUACAUAAAAUCACGCCUCUUUCCCGGAGGGGUAGGCAGAGACUACCUCUUUCCACUUGCCACGAUCUCUGCAUACUUCUUUCGCUUCGUAAUAAUCUUUCGCUACAUAAUAUUCAAGUAAAAAUAUCAAUAAAGCCACCCUAAAUGUUUAUUUGUAAAACCUUGUUUACUAAAAGUGCAUAGAAUUCCUUUUGAUUUGCCUAAUUUUAAGUCUUAAAUAAAUACUGAAUGCCUACAUCAAAUGUAUGAAUUUUUA